AUGUAUUUGCGACCACUGGUGAAGCCCAGAGAUGGUCAGUGGUACAGUCAGCAGGUUGUUGGAAAACACACUCUGCAGCAGACAGUUGGCAAGAUGUGUAAACAAGCAGGCUUUGAAGGUUUUUACAGCAAUCACUCACUCAGAGCCACAUGCGCCACUCGACUCUUUCAGUCAGGCAUUGAUGAACAACUAAUCACCAGAACAACGGGACAUCGGAGUACCGCUGUGAGAGAGUACAAUCGAGUUAGUACAGCUCAGGAGAAAGAACUGAGCAACGUGAUCCAAGGUGGCGGUGAACUCCCUAAAAGACGACGAACUGCUGACUCCAGUGUCAACGUAGCUACCACUACAACGCCUGCAGUCUCGCAAAGUGUGACGGACGAUCGCGUCGCGAUUUCAGUGUCUGUUGUCAUUAAAAAGUAG